GGUAGUGCAAGUGGACUUCCCUUCUCUCGGCUGCUAGUCUUCUCUCAUUCGUUCACUCUCCCGUGCCCGAAAACUUGUUUCACUCCUCACCUUUCAUAUGUCCAAACUCUUUCUUCCUCCAAUCAAAAAACCCCGCCAAAACCCCUUCAAAUCCCGCCUCCGCCGCCUCGCCGACUCGAUCGCUCAAAUCCUCCGCUCCCGCGACACGAAUCCCCACUGGGAGCGAGCACUCGACGAUGCCUUCUCUCCCGAAGAAGAUGAAGAAGCGAUUGCGCCCGUCCUCGCGCGCCUCCCCGACCCCGACUCCGCUCUCGCCUUCUUCGACUGGGCCCGCCGACGCCGCCCGCCGUGGGCGGACCCGCCGGACUCCCUCUCCUACUCGGCGCUCCUCUGGCUCCUGGCCAAAGCCCGUCGGUUUCCGGAGAUAGAGCUCGUGCUCCAGACGAUGAGGAGCGAGGAGCGAACCCCCAAUCGGCAGGCCUUCGGCGCUCUCAUCGCCGCCUAUUCUGAUUCUGGACUUGAAGAGGAGGCUUUGGAUGCCUACAGAACUAUGAGAGAUCAGCUUGGUUCUUUUCCUGACGUGUCUGACUGCAAUUGUUUGCUCAAGUUGUUGGUAGAACGGCGUCAUUGUGAUCUGGCCCGUCAGAUGUAUGAUGAAAUGCUUAGGCGAGAUGGUGGGGCCGAUAACUACAGCACUGGUAUAAUGGUCAGGGGUUUGUGUAUUGAAGGGAGGAUGGAUGAAGCCAAGAACUUGAUUGAAGAUAGAUGGGGAGCCGGGUGCAUCCCGAAUGUCGUCUUUCAUAACACUCUUCUUGAUGGGUAUUGCAGGAAUGGCGACAUGAAGAGGGGCUUAGAGCUUUUUAGGGAGAUGAAAUUGAAGGGAUUCCUGCCGACAUUGGUGUCUUAUGGUAUUGUUAUUAAUGGGUUCUGCAAGAAAGGGGAUUUUGUAGAGAUAAAUAGAUUGAUUUCAGAGAUGAAAGCACGGGGAUUGUGGCCAAAUGUACAAAUUUACAAUAAUGUGAUUGAUGCUUGGUGUAAGCAUGGCUCGGUUGUUAAGGCUAAAGCAGUUCUGAGGCAGAUGAUUGGAAGUGGGUGUGAACCGGAUAUCGUAACAUAUAACAUUUUAAUUUCCAGUCUUUGUCAGGGUGGAAAUGUUGGAGAGGCUGAGCUUCUUCUGAGGGAGGCCAUUAAGAGGAGAUUGGAUCCGAAUAAAUUUAGUUAUACUCCUAUCAUUCAUGGGUAUUGCCAAAAUGGGGAGGUUGCCAUGGCGUCGAAUUUGUUCAUUGAGAUGAUGGAGAAAGGACAUAAACCUGACUUGGUAACUUAUGCAGCUCUAAUUCAUGGACUUGUUCUCAUGCAGGAGGUACAUGAUGCAUUAGCAAUUCAAGAGAAGAUGAUAGAGAAGGGAGUAACCCUAGAUGCUGGAAUUUACAAUAUUCUAAUAAGUGGACUUUGCAAGAAAGGGAUGCUUUCCUCUGCUAAAAAGCUGCUUGCUGAGAUGCUUGAUCAAAAUAUCCUCCCAGAUGAGUUUGUUUAUGCUACAUUGAUUGAUGGGUUCAUCAGAAAUGAGGAUUUGAGUGAGGCAAAGAAGGUUUUUGAGUUCAUGGGACGGAAGGGCAUUAGACAUGGGGUUGUUGGCUACAAUGCUAUGAUCAAAGGGUAUUGUAAAUUUGGAAUGAUGAAUGAUGCAAUUUUAUUCAUCAAUAGCAUGAGGAGGGAUGGACAUUGCCCAGAUGAAUUUACAUAUACCACAGUUAUAGAUGGUUAUGUGAAACAAAGCGACUUGGAUGGGGCUUUAAGGGUAUUUGGUGACAUGAUGAAGCGGAGAUGCAAACCAAAUGUAGUCACAUAUUCUGCUUUAAUCAAUGGGUAUUGUCGAAAAGGUGAUAUUGAUACUGCAGAAGUUCUCUUUAAGAAUAUGCAAUCUCAUGGUCUUAUUCCUAAUGUUGUCACAUAUAGCAUUUUGAUUGGCAGCUUUUGUAAAAACAAACAAACCACCAGAGCUGUUGCAUUCUUUGAAGAAAUGUUAUCUAAUAAAUGCCCUCCUAAUGAUGUUACCUUCCAUUAUUUAAUUAAUGGUCUUAUUAAUAGUACUCCAUGUCUUGAUUCCACUUGUACCACUGAUCUUCAAGAGGACAGCAAGAAUGCAUUCUUAGACAUCUUUGUAAAUAUGAUAUCUGAUGGAUGGGAUCGCAGGAGUGCAGCAUAUAAUGUAAUAAUUUUCUGUCUUUGCAAACAUCAAAUGGUUACAAAGGCAUUGGAGUUGAGAGACAAGAUGUUUGCAAAAGGCUGUUUGCCAGAUUCUAUCACAUUUCUUUUCCUUCUCCAUGGAAUUUGUGCAGAAGGAAAGUCAGCAGAGUGGAACAGCAUUCUUUCUUGCCAUUUUCAGCAGAAUGAACUUGAAAUAGCUCUUAGAUACACAAGAUUGUUAGAUCAACACUUACAUAACGGAACGUCUUCUAAGGCCUCAUGGAUUUUGCGGUCAUUGCUUGAAGAGAGCAUGCAUUUAGUGGGAAUGGAACACAGAGCUGUUCGUUCUUGACACCAGGCUAACAACACUUCUAUUGAGAUAACAAAGAUCAUUGUUCUGAUGCAAAGAUGCUUAAGGCAAACAUGAAGCAUUAUGUUAUGGACUAUGUAGUUUUGGCGAAUCUACAAUGUGAAAAGGUAAACUUUUUAUAGUGGGUAAGCAAAUUGAGAAGUCAAUGUAUGCGAAUCCUAUUAAAUGAAGCUGGUUUGAACAGCAUUAUGGUGUGGAGCAUGGAAAAAGGACAGAAUAGUGCCAAGAGAUGUGAUGGUAGUGGACACCAUGGAUGAAGUUGAAGAGGCCGAUCUCGAAAUGUAUGGCAUUGGCAAUGAGGAUGAUGGUGAUGCUUGUGCAGAAGGGCUGCGAGUUCCAUAAGGAAUGUUUGCAAGUGAGUUGGUGCUGACUAAUAACUUGUUAGUGGAGUAGGGCAUGAUACAUAUUGCUUAUUGUAAGCAACCAGUGCCUAAAAUAAAAUCCCAAGUGUUAAGUAGCUUGUCUUGCUAACUUCUAGGUUAAACCAAAAGCAUGGAACUCGGAUCCAGAAUGUUGGACAUGUUGUCAAACUGAAGAAGAGGGACAUGCCACUCUAGCAGGAUUCUCAAUAUCCUAUCUUUAGGUACAGGUUGGUAGGAGGGGAAUUAGCCAUGAUGGAAGGAGAUUGUGUCUGAUGAAAACUCGGUGGGAGAUGAAGAAGGUGUUUGCUUUGAUGAAAACUCGGUGGGAGAUGAAGAAGAUGUUUGCCGUAUUUAUAGUCAAGGUGUUGAUCGUGUCACGAAGGCGAGAGGUCUAGGUUCUCUAUAUUGCCUAGUUCUGGAGUAAGUACAACCAGAAAUAUUAUGUUUGAGUAAUAUUAUAUACGGUGCUACCGAAAUAUAGAAAUCCAACCACCCCAACGCCUUCCUACUGCGGUUCGUGAUCCGUUUAUAGGCACACCAGGGGCGCGCAGGUGGAACCGCCAUAACUCAUCCUGCAGCCAGGCCCGCAGGGUCUCGCUUUUUUUGAACCCUUUCCU